AUGGUCAUAAUCACUACUAUUCAAUUCGUUUUGAUGACGACAUUGUAUAUGCUUCAAUGUCAAGGUGCUGUUGUCCCCACCAACCUGAACAAGGUGCUCCCAAUGGAUUUCGAAGUCACAUACCGUGAUUACAAUGAUAAUGACGUGGCUAAGUUCAAGAGAGAUUACAUCAAAGCCGAUUUGAAACAUAGGAAAAGUUUCUACACCACUCAGAUCAAGUUUGGACCCAAGCAAAACAAUGUCAAGGCUGUCAUUGAUACUGGGUCCAGUGACUUGUGGUGGUGGUGGGGAAGGGGGGUUGCAAAAAAAAAUGGUAUAGGCGAAGGAGUGUACUCGGUUGAGAAGUCGAAAACUGCAUCAAGAUUGAAUACAUCAUUUGAAAUUGAGUACCCUGAUGGAACUAUAGCUUCUGGCAAAUACGUUCAAGAUUCAAUUUAUUUUGGAAACAAAAGGAGCAUCUACAAACAACAAUUUGCUGUUGUCAAUAAAACCUCUGCGCCGAUGGGGGUCUUGGGAGUCGGUGUGGGAUUUGGUGAAGCUACAGCGGCAGCUAAUUCCAAUUAUGAUGGGUUUGUAUACAAUUUGAAAAACCAGGGCAUAAUUGGUAAAGCCGCUUAUUCAAUAUACUUGCCUGAAAAGAAGAGGAAAUCAGGUACGAUUUUAUUUGGGGGGGAAAUGAUGAGGAGCAAAUACUCGGGAAACUUGACCACAUAUAGCGUCACUUCUAACAAAUUGAGCGUGCCAUUAAAAUCGGUAUCAUUGCACGAUAAAGAGUUCCAAAACGAUACGGACACUUAUAUCAAUUCGGGAUCCAGGUACUCGUACUUGCCAACAAGCAUCGUCCAAGGCAAGAAACAUAGUGAGAUUCAAAGCUUCAAUUUUGCAAAUGACACCACCAUUCAGACUCCAGUAUCUUAUUUUGUUUAUCGCUUAAAGAAUAUCAAGAAUCGUGUUCCUGACCACGCAAAGAAUCAUUGUGGGUUGUCGAUUUUCCCAACUACGGAUAAUGCUUAUGGAAAUACUAUUUUGGGAGAUGAUUUCUUGAAAUGUGCGUAUCUUUCAGUCAAUUUGGAGAAAAAGACGGUUGGAUUGGCUCAAGUUGUACAUUCAAAGCAUCAUUCAUACCAAAGUUUAUGA